UCUGUUUCUUUAUUGCAACCGAAAAUAUGCCGCAUCUCCGAACAUGUGACUCUUUUUCUGUCCCUCUCUGUUUUCUUCAGACGCUGUAGUUUCAUAGCAGUGAAUUCUGUGUAGGGUCCCUUUUCCAUCUCGUGGCUCGCACGCAUCAUGGUCCGCCCAGCACCACUUGCCUGCACGGAGUGUCGCAAGCAACACCUUAAGUGCGACGCAAAGACGCCCUCCUGCUCCCGUUGUCUUGAGAAUCGCUUGAAUUGCCUGUAUCUUCCCUCGCGACGUGGGGGAAGGCGAAAGACUCGAGAUGCGACUCGACCGCAGCCUGCAGCAACUACACCUAAUUAUCCUCGUAUUUUGCAACAGCCGAUGACUUCGCAUUUACCUACUCCAGACACGAUCAUUACUCACCACCCUUCUAGUGUCAACAUGACAGAAGUAUCACCUUCUUCCUCGGAACAGCAGGAUCUGGCUAUUCAGAUACCGGAGGUUGUGCAAGAUCCAGCCGAGUCCGACGCCCGGCUGGUCCGUUUGUAUUAUGAGAAUUUUCACUCUGCGCACCCAAUUCUGGUCCCCGCGCCUCUGUAUGACGAGCGCAGAUAUCCGAGAUAUUUACACGAAGUUGUCGUCUACAUCGGAAGCCAUUUUUUGCCGCAGUCGAGUGCUUCGCUAUCUGAGUCAACGUCGGCAGAAUUGAGCGCCAGCGGUGAGAGGACUCCAUGCAAAGUUCAGGCCCUGUUGCUUUACUCCAUCUUGCUCUGCGCUCGUGAGGAAUGCGCGCAAUCCCACACCAUGUUCUCAGCUGCGGUUGACAUCGCCCUGGAGCUGGGGAUGUACCGGCGAGACUUUGCGACAACAUCGUGCAACGAAAGAGACGUUGAAGCAGAAAGUUUGCGCCGGACUUGGUGGGAACUCUUCACGGUGGACGUCUAUAUGGCAGCCUUGCAGAAGAAAGUCGUGCUGCGAUGCAGUAGCGUUCCCUAUGAUGUUGCCCUGCCUUGUGAGGAAUCCGUUUACGCCAAUCACUCGAAUAUACCGACUCCACCAACGCUCGCUCGGUUCAACAAACGCAUAUUCACUGCUACUGAUGAUGACGGAGAGGCUGACCAGUCUCGCUAUUCCUCCUUCAGCUACCGGAUUGAAGCUGUGUGCAUUCUAGCUCGUGUUAUCGUGCUUAAUAGUCUCCCCGAGACGCAUAGAGACCACCUGCAAGCCGUGGAAAAUGCGCUUGUCAGCUGGACAAACCACCUCCCACCAAGCAAAGUGGAUAUUGUGGAUAUGUACGGCAGUGUUGAUGAGAUGCUUUUUCAGGCUCAUACAACAAUUCAUUACGCUGCAAUGCUUCUGCAUCUGCCCAGAAGCAAUCUGCGACCUGCUUUGCCAGAUACAGGGGUCCCGAUCAGCCCUGUAAUCCCAUCUCGCCUUUCGCCGUCUUUCACCCGACAUGUUCACGACAUCAAAGCCACGGAGGCAUCCAAGCAGCUGUCUAACCUUCUUUCCGUGCGGCCAAGCGUUCAGAGAUAUAGUCCGUUUGUCGUGUUCGGACUUGUACUAUGCGGCAUGGUGCAGCUUGCGACCAGUCGAAUUCAUCCACCCGAGUGUUCAGAUCACCACUGUAACCGCAUCAUACUUGUGCUCGGCUGCCUGAAGACGUUGAAGAAUAAGUGGCCUGUCGCGAACAGGGCUCAUCAUUACCUGAGGAAUGCAGCGGCAGAAACGUUCACGGCUUGGAUCGAGUCCCGUUAUCCGCAGGCCAGUAGCAGUGCAACGUCCAUUUCUCGCAACGAGGCUUCAAGCAAUUCCUCGACCAUAGACAGCAGUUCUUGGAUUGUUGCUCCUGGAAUUCCAGGUGCUCUGCGCUCGGCGGACGCGGACGUUCAAGGACUCUUUUCACCCGGGCUACUCUCGGCUUACAUUGAUCCCACGUGCAGUGAGCCACUGCUUUUGCACACGAUGCCAGACCUUGACUUCACAUGAGCAUGGUUUACACCAUGAAGCAAAACUCGGUUGUCGAUGGCUUGAUGUCCUUAGAACCUGUUCGCAGCAAUGGUGCAUCACGCCAGAGAACUGACUCUUUGAGCACAUGGCCAAGCUCACAGUACCCCACUCCACAUGGAUGACCUCAUCGAAUCUAUCGUCGCCCCCUCAUUACGGCGUGGGGGACUGGAAAACCAACCGGCUCGAUCGGGGCGGACUCUUCCACUUCUCAAUCUGUUAUGAG